UUCUCCAUGACAGAUCCCGUUGGGAAGUUUCAAUGAAUUUACUUCCUUAUUUUGAUCGGAUUUAGCCCACUGAUUUCCCAGCAUUUAAAUCAAGAACAUUUCGCAUUUCACUCGUAUAAACGCGACCUACUGAUCUGAUCUGAAGUCGGUUAAAUAUGACAAAAUCAUCUGUAAAAGUGAAAUUAUAUCACCUUGCGGUUUAGCUCGUUUAGAAACUGAUUGGACGAACUGAUCAAACGUUUUGAGACUCAACGGAACGGUUUAAUAACUACAAUGGACAACUUUUACUGCUCUUUUACUCAUAGAAAUAUGGAGGCGUUUGUUUUAUUUUGUGUUACGUUACUCGUGGAUGGUGUGUUUGGUUAUACGGAUGAAGUGAAGUCCGUGUCAGUGAUGGAGGGAGAUUCUGUCACUUUAUAUACUGAUCUUACUGAAAUACAGAAAGCUGAUCUGAUACUGUGGACGUUUGGAUCUGACAACACUCGAAUAGUUCAAAUCAACAGAAUGGCCAAUAAGAUCUCAUUAUAUGAGGAUGCUCUUGAUGGGAGAUUCAGAGACAGACUGAAGGUGGAUCUUCAAACUGGAUCUCUGACCAUCACAAACACCACAACUCAACACACUGGAGUUUACAGAUUUUUGCAGAUCAUUGAUGGAAAAGAGGUCCUGCCCAAGAAAUUCUGUAUUAUUGUUUCUGCUCAUCUGCCUGUUCCUGUCAUCAGCAGUAACUCUUCACAAUGUUCUUCAUCAUCAUCAUCAUAUUGUUCAUUGGUGUGUUCAGUGGUGAAUGUGGGUCAUGUGACUCUCUCCUGGUACAAAGGAAACAGUUUAUUGUCCAGCAUCAGUGUGUCUGAUCUCAGCAUCAGUCUCUCUCUACCUCUGGAGGUGGAAUAUCAGGAGAAAAACAGCUACAGCUGUGUACUCAACAAUCCUAUCAGCAACCAGACUCAACAUCUGGACAUCAGUCAACUCUGUCAACCAUGUUCAGCACCAGGUUUGUCCGCAGGUCAUAUAGCACUGGUUUGUGCUUGUGCUCUGGCUGUGGCUGCAGUUUUGUGUGGUAUUUAUUAUUACUGCCAGCGCAAGAUGCGUAAACAGGCAGAUAAAGGCGAUGAACCUGACGGAGAGGAACUCAAGAGCCUAAAAGGUGGGAACACGUCUGUUCAGGAGGGAGAUUUAGAAACUAGUGUGCUUCUUAAGGAAGAUAAAAUCACAUCAGUGCCAGUGAUUGAGGGACAAUCUGUCACGCUACACACGGAUCUUACUGAAAUACGGGAAAUUGACAUGAUUUGGUGGAAGUUUGCAGAUUCCAAAGAACGCAGUUGUGCUAAAUUUGUUUUAAUAGCUACGCUGAAUAAAACAAACAAUGAGGUAAACCUAUAUAAUGAAACAGUUCAACAAUUCAAAGACAGUUUGAAACUGAACCUCGAUACAGGAUCUCUCACCAUCACAAGCAUCACACCUGAACAUUAUGGAUUUUAUAAACUACACAUCACCAGCAAAGAAGAGAUGGUCGUUCAUACCUUCAGUGUUGUUGCUCAGAACCUAAUGAGAAGAGAGCGGACCCAAAGACUUCUCCAGAGGAGUCAAACCUGCCCAUGAUUACAACAGAUGACCUUAUAGUAUAUAAAGACUGGAAUAUUAUCCACAUUUCAAUUCCACUGACAAAAACAAGAAACAUUUUCUACUUUUCUCAACAAUCUAACAUCCCUAAUGACCAAAAAAAAAAAAAACUUUAAUGACAAAGGUAAAGUUGAGUGUUCAAUAUGAACUGACAUAAAACACAACAUAUGUCACACUACACUUGCAUUUGUCCA